AUGAAAUCCAACGGGGUGACAUCUAUUUCCCCCCGGCAGAAGGAUGGGAAAGAGAGGAGCUCUCGAUCGCUGGAGGACGAAUAUGUCGUCUUCCUCCAAGGAAUUCCACCACAGUGCCGAUGGCAGGAGUUGAAGGACUUUGUUCGACAGACUGCAUUGCAUAUCCGCCAAGCGGUGGUAUACGAUGAUUGUCACGGCCAUCCGACAGGCCUAGGUCAGAUCAUAGUGAAAAACGAGGACGAGGCAUGGCGCACAUACAAUCGGCUAUCGACGAAUGGAUGGAACGGACAUAGUCUCACAGUGACUCUCUCACUGGCCAGCGAGCCGACGAAGCCGAUAGCAGGGCCAACAAAGAGUCCAUCUCUUAGCGCAAUGCCCUUCGCCUCGGGAUUCUCUGCUACUCCGGUCACUUCAGCUCCUAUGGGGGCUAGUCCAACGUGCGUACCUAACCAGGAUAUGCCGGCAUCGCCCACAUUUACCCAGCAAUCGGACCACCAGCACCCACCGUUCAUGGCACCCUUGCCGAGCGCUUGUCAUCCAUCAUAUGUGCAAUUCCCAGAGUCGGUCGGGUACCAUGUCCCUAUGAUCUUCCCCGGCGAAAACGGCUUCUUCGUACCCCAUCCAGCAUUCUAUCCACCAUCAUUUGAUUCGUACCAAUUCGGGCAGCCACGAUACAUGGCAAAUGGCUGCAUCCAAGCUUACCCUGGCUUCUUCCCACACCGGCACAGUCUCUCCGGUCCCAGCGUUGGGGUCGCAUCAGGCAUGAACCACGAGUACGGCGCACCAAUCUCACGAAACAUCUUCAUUCAUAAUCUAAGCCAUGAAACAACUCCACAGCUCCUGAAGGAAUAUCUCCGGACCGCAGGGAUCAUUGACCGAUGUGAUGUAUUCGACCGAAAGAUCGGCGGCACUACGCGGACCUGUGCUAUCGUGGCCUUCCGGAACAAGGAAGAAGCCAAGCGAGCCAUCGCGCUGUUUGAUAAUUCCAUAUUCAGGGGGUCGCGGAUAAGAGUUCGUUUCGAUAGGGAGCGCGGCGGAAGUCUGGGAACGGCCCAUGGCAAUGGUAAUGGGUAUGGCCAUGGAUAUAAUAGCAACGCCAAUCGGAACGGAAUUGCAAAGCAUGCGAUGUCGACUGCCUUCAUUGCCGAGCGUCCCGGGGUACAUUCAGCGGCUCCGGCACUAGCAAGCAAGGAGGCAAAUGGUAGGCCCCAGCCGACGAUGACAACUACUCCUGAAACUCCGACGAAGGAGGCCCAGCAGUCUGCAGCAGAAUCGCCAUCACCCUCGCUGGUCGCAGUGACACCAACUUCAACGGUUGACGAAGCAGAGACAAAGAGUGAAAAGAGCAGCACCAGCAGCAGUUCCCGUAAGAAUAGUGUUGAGCCAUUGGUCGUCAAUGGCUCCUGUGUCGGGGCCAAUUCCCUGGUCACAGGCGUUGAGAAAGGUCAGUCCAUGCCAACAGGACCUCAUCCAUUCUUCCACCCGCAUUAG